CUUCUUGUUUUGUAGUGUAGUAGUGUGUAUACAUAAUGAUGAUUAUUACUGCAGCUUUUUAAAUAAUAUGUGAUCCCACAUAUGCUUUUGUCGGGUUGUUAUGGGGUUCUUCGAUUCUUUGUUUGGGAGAGCUGCCAGAAAGUUCAUCAAACGGAAAGACAGUGAUGCAGGCGAAGCAGUGUCAGAGAUAUGAACUACUAUUAUCUCUGAGACAUGAUGAACAUUAAUUUGUAAUUCAUGUUUCCAAACAAGGUCGAGCACUGGAAGAUCUCAGAAGUUCUCUCUACAAUGAGCUACGAACCUCCGAAAGUGCGAAGCGCCAACAGCAACGGUUUUGUGGGCCAGUGGUGGCAUUGACCUUUAAUUUCAUGGUUGCUGUAGGCAUCAUUCUGGCAAACAAAUUAGUGAUGGGGAAAGUAGGAUUUAACUUCCCAAUUUUUCUUACAUUAAUCCAUUACGCUACAGCAUGGCUUCUACUUGCCAUUUUUAAGGCAUUCUCACUGCUUCCAGUAUCCCCACCAUCUAAAACUACUCCCUUUUCUUCUCUCUUCUCGUUGGGUGCUGUCAUGGCUUUUGCCUCUGGCCUUGCCAAUACCAGCCUAAAACAUAACAGUGUCGGUUUCUACCAAAUGGCUAAAAUUGCUGUUACUCCUACCAUUGUUCUUGCAGAGUUCAUCCUUUUCAGGAAAACCAUCUCUUUCAAUAAGGUUUUGGCCCUGGCUGUUCUCUCUGCAGGUGUGGCAGUAGCAACUGUGACGGAUUUGGAGUUCAACUUAUUUGGUUUUUUAAUUGCAAUUGCAUGGAUUAUCCCAAGCGCCAUAAACAAAAUCCUGUGGUCUAAUUUACAGCAGCAAGGCAAUUGGACUGCUCUUGCAUUGAUGUGGAAGACUACCCCGAUUACAGUUUUCUUCUUACUAGCUCUGAUGCCGUGGCUGGAUCCACCAGGUGUACUAUCAUUCAAGUGGGAUCCCAGCAGCACUGCCACCAUUCUUAUAUCUGCUGCCCUUGGUUUUCUCCUACAAUGGUCUGGAGCUUUAGCACUUGGCGCAACAUCAGCAACUUCUCAUGUCAUUCUAGGGCAAUUUAAGACUUGCGUGAUACUACUUGGAGGGUAUCUUAUUUUUGAUUCAGAUCCAGGGUUUGUAAGCAUAUGUGGAGCUUUUGCGGCUCUCUGUGGAAUGUCAGUUUAUACAUCAUACAACUUGCAAGAAUCUCGUGAAAGUUCGAGUAAGCAGCUUCCAAAGAUUAACUCACCACCUCCUUCAAGAGCAAAAGCAAACAGUACUGAGGAGACCUCAGAGUUGGAUGACAAAGAUACCACAAAUGUUGUCUGAGAAGUGAACUAAGCAAAGCUUUCUUUGAAAGGGAUGUCAAAGUUCUGUACAGAGAACAGCAGUCUCAUCACUAAACCAAAGUCCAAUGAUCAUGCCAACUUCGUUUCUAUGCAGACCAUGUUCUCAAAUGAAAGUGUCGUGGGAUUUAUUUUUAUCAUUGCAAAGAAUACAAUACGUCUGUAACUGCAGCAGCAAAAAUCAAAAGCAAGAAAGAUCGAUCUUGUAAUCAAAACGUCCGAGUUUGCCAAUUAAAACAAAGCACAAGUGUCAAUUCUCUCAUGUACCAAUUGCAAUUGUAUGAUCCAACGGUUUAUGCUCGACCAGAAUAUAAUUAUACAGGUGGCGGCAAAAGAAGAAAAACUGAUAUGUUCCACCUAUUCCAUUGACCUCUUAGCUUCCUAUAACCCUUAUAACUAGAAAGUACAAGUUCUAAUAAAACAGCAACUGUUCACUGAUAAAAAUAACAGAAAUACUUUAGUCACAAAAAGAUUUUAUAAAAGUAAACUUACAAAUUAACAUGACUUGAUG